UCUGACAGAAAGCUAAUCUGCAGUAGCGGCAUACCUACACACACGCUCCUUACCUUACUGGGCAAAACCGAGGCAGUCCAUCACCAACGUGGACCGACACACAAGCCAAUUUCUCCUUCCAAUAUUUAUUAUUUCAUUGACAUCUGACAGCGGGAAACCAAAGCUAAAAGAAAACGCUAAAACUCUGGUAAACUGGCAAUAAUUUGGGCUGCUGGACUAGAAAGAUCCAGCAAUGUGAGCUGUUGUAAUGAAUGGAUUUGUUGAACACUGUGCCUGGUUAAGCAAGCCCAUAAGCUCUUUGGGAGUAUUGUUAUUCUCCAUAUUAUCCAGCACCUGUAGCUGGUUUAAAGCCACAUAAUGCCCCUGGGUAUUGGAAGGAGGAAGAAGGCCUCUUUGGUGGAUAAUGAAGAAGCCGAGCCCAUUCGUGGGGGCCUGAACGUGCCAGGGAUGGAUGGAUUAGACGGGGGUGGAGGCUGUGGAGAAGGGGCCACCUCUGAGGGUCUGCCCCCACCCCCCAGCAGCAUGAGACCCAGACUCAUCUUCCACACCCAGCUCGCUCAUGGCAGCCCCACUGGGCGCAUUGAAGGCUUUAGCAAUGUGCGGGAGCUGUAUGCCAAGAUCGGGGAUGCUUUUGGGAUUCCACCAUCAGAGAUUAUGUUUUGCACACUGAACACUCACAAAGUAGAUAUGGACAAACUGUUAGGAGGACAGAUUGGGCUAGAGGACUUUAUAUUUGCUCAUAUAAAAGGUCAGAAAAAAGAAAUCAUUGUUUAUAAAGGAGAAGAUGCCCUGGGACUGACAAUCACUGACAAUGGAGCUGGCUAUGCUUUCAUUAAGAGAAUACGUGAGGGCAGUGUCAUACACCAGAUUCAGGUCAUAAAUGUGGGUGACAUGAUUGAGUCCAUCAACGGCCAUCGUUUGAUCGGGUGCCGACAUUAUGAAGUUGCCAAAAUGUUAAAAGAACUGCCGAAAGGGAAAGAGUUUACCAUCAGGCUGAUUGAGCCACUUAAAGCUUUUGAUAUGAUCAGCCAGAGAUCAGGAGGGUCUCGAUCGGCAUCAGGGAUUCAGCUGGGCACUGGUCGAGGAACCCUGCGACUGCGGUCAAAGGGUCCUGCUACAGUGGAGGAACUACCAUCUGCAUUUGAAGAAAAAGCCAUUGAGAAAGUAGAUGACUUACUGGAGAGCUACAUGGGCAUCAGAGACAGCGAGUUGGCGGCAACCAUGGUGGAGCUGGGGAAGGACAAAAAGAACCCUGAUGAGUUUGCAGAGGCUUUAGAUGAAACCCUGGGAGACUUUGCGUUCCCAGACGAGUUUGUUUUCGACGUGUGGGGGGCCAUCGGUGACGCCAAGGUUGGACGAGUUUAACCUCAUUGGAGCAACAUCUGUCCACUACAUUCAACACUACUAAGACUCCACCUCUGUUAGUUUUUAUGCUAUGUUUACCUAUUAUUUUAUUUAGAGUAUAUGAUUUUGUAAGUUUUAUUGGGAGGAGAGUGUUACUGUGAUGACUUCUAGAUGUUUUUAUUUGUCUUCCAGAAUUGUCGCAAAUCUAAUUGCAAAUUGAGAUUAAUCUUUGACCAACCUGCACGUAAUUGUUUGCUUUAUUAUUGAAAUUGCUGGCAGGGACACAUAAUGAUGGAUAGGAAAAUAACAUGGGAGAAAUUAAACAAAAUGGCUAACACACAGUUACAUUUUAGAUUGUGAAGAAAAUCUGAUAUUUUUAACAUCACAUUGUGUAGCACUGUGCUGAAAAACAAAAGUGAAUGGGAUAGCACUGUACCUUGGUGGAUAGCAAAAGGCAUCUGCCCCAACCUCCUCAAUAUACAGUGACGUUGUUCCAUGCAUGUGCUGGUAUAUUUUGUCAUUAUUAGUUUAUGCUGUUUUUAAUGUUAUAUGUGGUUGCACUGGGAUCAUAGUGGACUAUUGAAGAUAAGAGUCUACAGUGCAUUGCUGUAAAGGCAGGAGCACAUUCCCAUAGAUUUGAAGGUGUUAACGGGAAUCAGUGUUACAUUUUCUGAAGGUCAGAAAGAAAGGAGUAGUAUGUUACAAUGUCUGUGUUUUAAAGGUCAUUUUAUAUGAAGCAAUGUGUUUAUUUUUAAAACUGUUGAAAGAACGCUAAUGUUUUUACAGCAUUUGAGUGAGCAGUAUUAAAGGAUGCCAAGUUUAAGAAUGGGAUAAUUGUGCAAAACAGUCUAAAUUCAAAAUGCCUUUUGUCAUUUUUACAUUUUGUCCAAAGUAUGCAUCGUGGUGCAUGACACUGUUACGAGGUCAGAUUGAUGUCAAUCUUCCUCCAUUAUGAGUCAUGGUGACUUUCCUCCAUAAAAAUGUUUAUGAAUUCUUUAUGCAUCUACUAUUACAUACAUCUCAAAAGUAUUUUGGUGUUGCCUUUUCACUACCCUCUCUGUAUAUUCAGAACUUCAAAACACUAUUUUGUACUACAUUUUGUUUGAUUUCAUGGAUUAUGUAAUGGAAAUGAUGCUAUAACACUGUAACACUGAAGAACACAUUAUUUUGAUGGCUUUGUAUUCUACACUGUUGUCGAUGUCUGGUUAUAAUACAAUAACGGUGACAUGGCA